CGGGCCUAGCGUUGCGCCCGGCGGAGGAGGGGUUCGGCUCGGCUGACCUGGGGCUCGGUCUUGGGGCCGGAAGCAGCAGGAACUGGCAGGCACUGGUGGUCAUUCAAGGUGGUCGCGUGGCGGUUGGUCAGGUCUCCUGGUGGUCGGGUGUCGGCCCUCGGAUCCUGCCUCCCCUGGCGGGAGUAGGCGGUGCUCCGCUGGGCCUGGGUCCCAGGCGCCCGGACCGGUCAGCUCCCGCUGCAGCCACCAUGUGGUGCCUACACUGCAACUCGGAGCGGACCCAGUCCUUGCUGGAGCUGGAGCUUGACUGCGGCGUGGAGGGCGAGGCCCCUGGCAGCGAGACCUGCACAUCGCUGGACAGCCCCUCAGCCCACCGCCAGGGCCCCUUAGUGCCCGGUUCCAGUCGGAGCCCUGACCACUACGAGUACACGUCAGGAGGCGCCUAUGGGCUGUACUCAGGGCCGCUCGGGCAGCAGCGCACGCGGAGGCCCAAGCUGCAGCACUCGACGUCCAUCCUACGCAAGCAGGCCGAGGAGGAAGCCAUCAAGCGCUCACGCUCCCUCUCUGAGAGCUAUGAGCUCUCCUCAGACCUGCAGGACAAGCAGGUGGAGAUGCUAGAACGGAAGUAUGGGGGACGCCUGGUGACUCGCCAUGCGGCCCGCACCAUCCAGACAGCCUUCCGCCAGUACCAGAUGAACAAGAACUUCGAGCGCUUGCGUAGCUCCAUGUCGGAGAACCGCAUGUCACGCAGGAUCGUACUGUCCAACAUGAGGAUGCAGUUCUCCUUUGAGGGGCCCGAGAAAAUGCACAGCUCCUACUUUGAGGGCAAACAGGUCUCAGUGACUGACGAUGGCUCUCAGCUGGGGGCCCUAGUGCCAUCUGAGUGCAGUGACCUUGGUGAGCUGCCUGCCCUCAAGUCUUCUGCCCAGUGCAGUGACUUCGCGGAUGCCAUCACAGAGCUGGAGGAUGCCUUCUCCCGGCAGGUGAAAUCACUGGCCGAGUCCAUCGACGAUGCCCUCAACUGCCGUAGCCUCCAUGCCAAAGAGGCGCCAGCCUCCAGCACAGGCCGGGCCCAGGACUUGGAGCCCCAGGGGGCCCUGCACAGCGUGGAUCACCACAAACUGGACGAGAUGACAGCCUCCUACAGUGACGUUACCCUGUACAUCGACGAAGAGGAACUGUCACCCCCCCUGCCCCUCUCACAAGCGGGGCACCGGCCACCCAGCACUGAAUUAGACCUGCGGCCGCGGGCUAGGGGCACUGCUCAGGACUACUGGGCCCUGGCUCAUAAGGACGACAAGGGGGACAUGGACACGAGCUGCCAGAGCACGCCUUCGCUUGAGCGGCAAGAGCAGCGGCUGCGGGUGGAGCAUCCCCCACUGCUCACCAUUGAGCCACCCAGCGACAGCUCCGUGGACCUCAGCGACCGCUCAGACCGCGGCUCCCUCAAGAGACAAAGCACCUACGAGCGCGGUCUCGGCGGGCAGCAGGGCAGCCCCAAGCACGGUCCUCACAGUGGCGCCCCCAAGGACCUCCCACGGGAGGAGCCAGAGUUGCGGCCACGGCCACCCAGGCCCCUGGAUGGCCACCUGGCUAUCAACGGCUCAGCCAACAGGCAGAGCAAGUCGGAGUCAGACUACUCCGAUGGGGACAAUGACAGUAUCAACAGCACGUCCAACUCCAACGACACCAUCAACUGCAGCUCUGAGUCGUCAUCCCGCGACAGCCUGCGGGAGCAGACGCUCAGCAAACAGACCUACCACAAGGAGACCCGCAACAGCUGGGACUCUCCUGCCUUCAGCAACGACGUCAUCCGCAAGAGGCACUACCGCAUUGGCCUCAACCUCUUCAACAAGAAGCCUGAGAAGGGCAUCCAGUACCUCAUUGAGCGAGGCUUCGUGCCCGACACGCCAGUCGGGGUGGCCCACUUCCUGCUGCAGCGCAAGGGCCUCAGCCGGCAGAUGAUCGGCGAGUUUCUGGGCAACCGGCAGAAGCAGUUCAACCGCGAUGUGCUGGACUGCGUGGUCGAUGAGAUGGACUUCUCUGCCAUGGAGCUGGAUGAAGCUCUGAGGAAGUUCCAAGCGCACAUCCGGGUCCAGGGGGAAGCUCAGAAGGUGGAGCGGCUCAUUGAGGCCUUCAGCCAGCGGUACUGCAUCUGCAACCCCGGGGUGGUGCGGCAGUUCCGGAACCCGGACACCAUCUUCAUCCUGGCCUUCGCUGUCAUCCUGCUCAACACGGACAUGUACAGCCCCAAUGUCAAGCCUGAGCGCAAAAUGAAGCUGGAGGACUUCGUCAAGAACCUCCGAGGUGUGGAUGACGGUGAGGACAUUCCUCGGGAGACACUGAUCGGGAUCUAUGAGCGGAUCCGCAAGCGAGAGCUGAAGACCAGUGAGGACCACGUGUCGCAGGUGCAGAAGGUGGAGAAGCUCAUUGUGGGGAAGAAGCCGAUUGGAUCCCUGCAUCCUGGGCUUGGUUGUGUGCUUUCUCUGCCUCACCGGCGGCUGGUCUGCUACUGCCGGCUCUUCGAGGUUCCAGACCCAAAUAAGCCCCAGAAACUUGGACUGCACCAGCGAGAGAUCUUCCUGUUCAAUGACCUCCUGGUGGUCACCAAGAUCUUCCAGAAGAAGAAGAACUCAGUGACAUACAGCUUCCGACAGUCCUUCUCCCUGUGCGGCAUGCAGGUCCUGCUCUUUGAAAACCAGUACUACCCCAAUGGCAUCCGGCUCACAUCUGCGGUCCCUGGAGCAGACAUAAAAGUGUUAAUAAACUUUAAUGCUCCCAAUCCUCAAGACCGGAAGAAAUUCACCGAUGACCUGCGAGAAUCCAUCGCAGAGGUGCAGGAGAUGGAAAAGCACCGAAUAGAGUCGGAGCUCGAGAAACAGAAGGGUGUCGUGCGACCCAGCAUAUCCCAGUCCUCCAGCCUCAAAAAGGAGUCGGGUAACGGGACGCUGAGCCGGGCCUGCCUGGACGACAGCUAUGCCAGCAGCGAGGGUCUCAAGCGCAGUGCCCUCAGCAGCUCCCUGAGGGACCUCUCAGAAGCAGGGAAGCGAGGGCGUCGCAGCAGUGCGGGAUCGCUAGAGAGCAAUGUGGAAUUUCAGCCUUUCGAGCCACUGCAGCCACCAGUGCUGUGUUCCUAAGCCAUGGGACCCGAGGACUGCCCUACGGCACCUGCCCAGGCGGAGAGCCCUUUCAGAAAGGGCGAAGCUAACGCAGGACUGUGGGCCGCAGGGCUCCGUGCUCCGUGGAAGGCGUGGCCAGCUGUGGCAGGACGGAGACGACAGGGGAGCCCACCCUGGCCAGGGGGUCUGUCCAUUUCACUCUCCACUCACCCCUUGUCAUAUUGUUGAGGUCACCAUACCAGCAAAUCUGCAAACCGAGCACUUUGUUGAUCUCCACAGAGAGCAAAUACAGCAAUCUAGAGUUUAGCCUUUUUAAAAAAGAAGUGGGACUUUAAGCUGCCUGCCCUUAUCUUCCUAUCUGUGUAGCAUUUCUCUCUUGGGCAUCUGCUCAGAAAGAGAGACAGAAAAAGCACAGGCAUGCCUGAUGGCCCAGGCCCAGCUAGUAGAAGGCGCCCCGGUUCCGAUUCUGUUGACUCCUGAAUUCCUUGGUUUUCCUUUAGAGCCAGGUUCCCUGAGGCAUUCUGUUGUGCAGUUUAAAGGAUGUUCUGAAAAGGAAAAAUCAAAUUGUAAUGCGUGUCAUCUGUGUUGGUCGUGUGAGGCCACAUCUGUGUAUUGUAUAUUUCCAAGAUAUAUCAGUGUUACUGUUGACGAAUAGUUGAAGUAAAAUGAUAACAUAUUUAAUAUGUCGGUUUUUCUUCACCCUUCCGUACCAAUCAAUGGUAGAGUCCAACUAGAAACUCUAGGUUGUUCCAGAAAAGAUACAGGCUGCUUGGUACAAGGUCACCCUUUCUGACGGGGCAGUCACUAGUGAAAAAAAAAGAAAGAACCAACAAAUUUGUUGAUGGGGGCCAGUGAGAGGGGCACUCUCUCCAUCGUGUCCUCCAUGCCCCGAGGGCCAAUCAGAACUCUCACCCCCAAAACUGUCAUUGGUGUGCCCUGAAAUUCUGUCAGGGUGCCACAGGGCCAGGUCUAGUGAAAGAGAGGUUCUUGAACAAACUCAGUUUCUCCCCACAUUUUCAACUUUAUACAGUGUAUUGGGUUCAGGUCAGUGAGGCUUCAUCAUUCUGUGUGUUUUAUUUGCAAACUUACAAUGGGAAAUGUUUCCAGAAGUACAUUGUUCCAUUGAGAAGAGUGGAGCUACACUGCCCAAAUCUUGUUUGGGAAGCAAAAGCUUCUGAUAAACUGCUGUACCACAUGUUGCUUUCAUGGAACUGUUUUCUAUAGACCCCAGCCUGUUAGAGUCACAGCUGUGGGGUCCUAUUGUUCACAGAGUACCACCCCCCUACCCCCCAGGAAGCAGGAGGCUGAGUGCCACCGGGAUGUUUGUGUCAGCCUUUCUUACUGUCAGUACACAGGACAUUUUUCUCCAGUCGCACAAAUUAUUUCAAUUACACAAUUUCUGACAGGAGCAGGAGACCCUUAGAGGAAACAACAGCUGGUAGUAUCACAGAAAUCUUUUCUGGGACAACAAUUAAAUCAUGUGUUUGUAUCUUUUUAAGUUUAUGAAUGAAUUGUACAACAAUGUAAAAAUAAAGUUCAUCCUAAUAUGAUGUGCACAUCUUGCUUAAAAAUGUUUUCAGUCACCCAGUGUAGAGCAAUUUCCUAUCAUGCACUGCAUGCAGCAGAAGCCUCUUGUUUUUCUUUAAAAUGAGCUGAAAAGACAGCAGCUAUUUAAACAUGACCCUGGGUAUUGACUCAGCAUUCCAUAUGAAGCUGCGUCUCUACAGGUAGCAUGCAUCUUACAGUUUCGUUGUAAAAUACCAUCACCUUUCCUGCCUGAAAAAAUGAGUAAUUUUGUAUGCAUUUUAAAUAACAACAAUAAUCAAGGAAACAGAUUGCACAAUGAAUCAGUGUGAGGAGGGGGUGGUGAAGAGGGACAAGCAGGAGGAGCUGGCUUGGGGUAACUUGUACCUCAUGUGCACAUUAGUGUCACUGUUCUGUCAGAGGUCUCGUGCAGUAUCCAUCUCCUCUUGGAAACUGUCAUUCACCUUCAAGUUGUUUUAAACGAUUAGAAUCAGGUCUUGAAUGCAGACUGUUCAAAGACUUCAAAGGAUUCCUCGCUCACGAGAAGCCCGACACUCACUGUGUAACUUUGGGGAGGAAAGGGAUACUUUGUUUUAAUAUGCAUUCUGUGUGUGAGUAAUUACAGACUCUUAAUGUAAAACCUUAGCUGUGAUCAUGUGGAGAAAUCAAAUAAACCCUUUAAAAUUCUC